AUGGCACUGGAUAAGGUCAUGUCUGUUACGAAUUGGCAAGCCCCGCGCAGCGUUAAAGAAGUACAGAUCUUCAUGGGCUUUGCCAAUUUCUACAGAAGGUUUAUCCACAAUUUCUCCGGGGUCUGUAAACCCAUUACCGAUUGUCUCAGGGGUGAUGCUAAGAACUUUGUCUGGUCUAUGACGGCCCAAGCAGCCUUCGAAAAACUCAAAACCCUGUUUACGUCUGCGCCGAUCUUGGUACACUUCUCUCCAGAUCGCCAGACUAUCGUGGAAACGGACGCGAGUGAUUUUGCUAUCGCCGCAAUUCUAUCCCAGGUUAUUGACGGAAAGACUCACCCUGUUGCCUUUUAUUCUCGAAAGCUUAACCCAGCGGAACUCAACUACGACGUCUGGGUAAAGGAGAUGUUGGGAAUUGUGUCAGCCUUCAAGCAAUGGCGUCACUACCUUGAAGGACCUAGCCGAACGGUUCUCGUAUAUACGGAUCACAAGAACUUGGAAUAUUUUUCAACAACCAAGGUUCUUAACCGACGACAGGCAAAGUGGGCUGAAUCUUUGGCGGAAUUUGACUUCAAGAUUAUUUACCGCCCGGGAACCAAAAAUGGGAAGGCAGAUGCACUAUCGCGACGGCCGGAGUACCGUCCUGAAGGGGGUGGCACGCUUGGGAAACAGCCGAUAGACAGGUUCUUUAAGCCCGGGCAGUUGGCGGAGGAAGAAUUUGUGGUAUCAGCGGUGUCGCUUGCCUCCAAGGGAGUGAUCGACUGGUCUAAGAAUUUUCUGGAUCAUGUCAGGCAGGCGGCAUCGGGAGACCCGAUAUGGGUAGGAAUGAGAGAGAGAGUUGAGCAAGGGGAGAAGCUGGGGGAAUUGAAGGAUAUUGCCGAGAAAGACGGGCUACUCUUCUAUAAGAACCGACUCUACAUCCCGGCAGACGACCGUAUCAAGAUCCGAAUCGCACAGGCAGAACACGACUCGAAAGUGGCAGGACACUUUGGACAAGAUAAGACACUGGAACUCAUUACGUGUAACUUCUAUUGGCCAAAAAUGAACGAGUGGAUUGAUGACUACGUUCGGUCAUGUGACGAGUGCCAGCGCAACAAACCCAGCCGCCAUAAAAAAUACGGUGCGCUUCUACCACUGUCCACGCCACAUUCUGUCUGGCAAUCGAUAUCAAUGGACUUCGUCGUACAGUUACCGGAAUCAAAGGGAUACAAUCAAAUCUGGGUAGUAGUCGAUAGGUUCUCGAAGAUGUCGCACUUCAUUCCCUUAGUAGCAGAAACGACCGCGCAGGAUUUAGCAAAGAUAUUCCUCGGUCAAAUCUGA